ACACCUUCCGCCUCCUCCUCGCUUUCUCUUAAAAAGUUCUUCCCUUGAUCCGAUCAUGGCCUCCGUCAUUGAUCGCCCCGAUCCCUCUGCUUCGACCUUCCAUCCCUCUCUAAUGGGUAUUUCGAAUCAGAGUCAGCUUAAGUCGGAAUCUCAGAAACAGAGGAGCUGCGUCGACUGCCACGCCACCAGAACGCCGCUCUGGAGGGGCGGCCCUGCCGGGCCAAGAUCGCUGUGUAAUGCGUGUGGGAUUAGACACAGGAAGUUCAAGAUGAGCAGUGGGGGAGUGAAUAAGAGCCGGAAGGGGAAGAAAUUGGGAAAUGGGGGUUCGUUGAAGCUCACGGUGGUGGAUUUUCGGAGAGAGAUAGUGCUACACAGUGCGGGGGCGACGAUGGCGGAUCGAGUUGCAGACGGGAUCGGAGAAGAUGAACAGGCGGCGGCGAUGCUUCUCAUGGCUCUCUCUUCCGGCUAUGUAUAAAAAGUUUUAAGUAAUUAAAAAGAGUGGACGACGGCUUUUUGGGAAUUUACAGUUUUUUUUUUUAAAUAUGGGAAUUUACAGUUUCGUCUCUUAAUUUUGUAUGGAAAGAGAUUUUCAGUGUAGGAUUUAGAAAUAAUAAUAAUGGAAGAUUUUAUUUUUUCUUUUAC